ACAAUCAGAGUCGGUGUUACGAUGUUGAAAACCAAUGGAGAAUUUCACAAAGGACAGGUUGUUUUUAAUAUCACUUAUGUUAAUGGACAGGUAUAUCUAAAUGAUUUUCCUAUGAAGAGCGGGGUUGCCCAUAUAACAUGUCAAACAGUAAUAUUGGAGAACGGAAACUUGGAUAACUUACCAGAUCAGCAGCGCCUGGGAACCGUCAGUGUUCGCAUCAUGGUUCACGAGUGGCCUCUGGCAUCCAGUUCUGAUUUGAAGCUGAUUGUCAUUCAGGAAGAAGUGACAGAAAUUGACGGAAAACAGGUGAAAAACCAAGAAGUAACAGAAAUAGAUAUUUUAGUAAAAGACCUGAGAGUACUUAGACAUUCAAACUACACUGUCCCUUUGAAAGAGAGCAUGCUGUAUUCCAUCCCAAGGGACAACGACAUGUUAUUUACACUUCCCAACCUCUCAGGAAAAGAUAUUCAAGAUCCACUGCAAACUACCAGUCAGUACCUCAUCCAGCAAGUAGAAACUACAGUAGAUGAAGAGACAUUACCUGGCAAGUUACCAGAGACCCCUCUUAGGAUAGAACCUCCAUCUUCUUACAAGGUGAUGUGCCAGUGGGUGGAAGACUUGAGAAAAGGGCUGUGCAGAUUCUGGUUUCGAUCUUUACCCAUCUUCUUUAGUUUGAUGGAAGUCAUUGUAGUUGGAGUUGUUGGAGCAGCUCUUAUUCUUAAAGUCUUAAAGGUGAUUUUCCCUUCCUGUGAAAACAAAGGCAUCCUUCUCCUGGAUCAAGUCAGCUUUGUACCUGUGAUUACCAUUAGCUUGCCUUCAGAUCUUCCAGACAGGAAAAAUAAUUUAGAUGAGAAAGCAUGUACUUAAUACUGUGUGUACUUUGGAGUUACUGUUUUUUUAAAAACAAAUUUUUAGUUGACCUGAAAUUUGGCACUUGAUCUUAAUACCUUAUUUGUUUCCUACUAGAGAACUAAGUCAGUUGAUUAAUUG